UACACCAAUACAUUGGAAGACGAUAAUUCGACAAGAUGGCGGCCACGCGUUGCUGCGUGCGUCGUGAGUCGUGAAGUCUGUCAUCGUUUGAUACUUUGUCGUGUCUGUUGAUCUUAGUUUUCACCUGACCCUGUGAAUAUAAAAAAGAAAGCAUCAUGACUAUGGCAAUGCUUCAACGUCGAGCAAACGUGCGGCUACCCCCAGAAGUGAACAGAGUUUUAUACAUUAGAAAUUUACCAUACAAAAUAACCGCAGAAGAAAUGUAUGACAUAUUUGGGAAAUACGGAGCCAUCAGACAAAUCAGGGUGGGCAAUACAGCAGAGACCCGAGGAACAGCUUUUGUUGUUUACGAGGAUAUAUUUGAUGCUAAAAAUGCCUGCGAUCAUCUCAGUGGGUUUAACGUUUGUAAUCGUUAUCUGGUAGUCUUGUAUUACCAAAGUAACAAGGCGUUCAAACGAGUUGAUGUAGAUAAGAAGAUGGAGGAGAUCGAUAAACUCAAAACAAAGUACAACAUCAACGACGAACAGAAAAAAUAAGCAUAGCUUGUGUCGACCAAAAAUUUAUUACUCCCAAGUUUUACAUGUGUGUAUAUUUAUGAUACCGAUUGAAGAUGCUGGUUAAAUUUGUAAA